AUGGGGCUGCCCAAAAUUUAUAACACUUACUUCCUGGCGAUAAUCGCCACGAUAGGUGGCAUGCUGUUUGGUUUCGAUAUUUCAUCAAUGUCAGCGAUCAUCGGAACCGAACAAUAUAAAUGGUACUUCAACAACCCUUCUGGUGUAUUACAGGGAGCCAUAGGCAGUGCUUUAGCUGCAGGAACUGCAGUACAAGUGUCUGUUCAAAAUGUUGGACAGCUUAUCGCUGGUCGCAUUAUUAAUGGAAUCACUGUCGGGAUUACAAGUUCUCAAGUUCCAGUUUACCUUGCAGAAAUUGCGAGGAAAGAAAAGCGAGGAAGCUUAAUUAUCAUUCAACAGCUGGCAAUUGAAUGGGGUAUUUUGUUCAUGUUCUUCAUCGGCUAUGGUGCUUCUUUCAUUGGCGGCCCGCGAACAACAACCUCCUUCCGAUUUGCCUGGGGAACUCAAUUCAUUCCGUGUGUUCUUCUCAUGAUCGGAAUUCCAUUUCUUCCUCGGUCGCCACGCUGGCUCGCUAAAGUUGGGCGAAAGGAAGAAGCUAUUCACAACCUCGCCAAGAUCCAAGCAAAUGGAGAUACAAAUGACCCACUUGUGGUAGCAGAGUGGGAAGAAAUUACGACUGUCCUUGAAGCAGAGAGGUCUGCCGGCCCCGGUUGGCAAAAGUUCAUAAAACGGGGAAUGUGGAAGAGAACUCUGGCGGGGAUGAGUGUUCAGGCUUGGCAGCAAAUGAGUGGUGCCAACGCUAUGGUCUACUACGUCGUCUACAUAUUCUCGAUGGCUGGGCUUUCAGGAAACAUCAAUCUAAUCUCUUCGGGGGUGCAAUACGCCUUGUUUAUCAUUUUUACGACUGUUAUGUUUUUUUUCAUCGACAAAACUGGCCGUCGUGGGCUUCUAAUCUGGGGGGCUAUAGCAAUGGGGGUGUGCCACUUCGUUGUUGCAGGCCUCUUGAGUGCGGGCGAGUACAACCCUGACGGAUGGUAUGAUAAUCCUAACGUGGUCAUACGUGUGACUGGCCCGCGUGCAAAUGCCGUCAUAUUCUUUUGCUAUCUCUUGAUUGUUAUUUACGCUUUAACCCUAGCGCCAGUGGCAUGGAUAUAUGCUGCAGAAGUUUGGAGCUUGGAGACAAGAGCCACAGGAAUGGCUCUUGCAGCCACAGCAAACUGGAUUUUCAACUUCGCUCUGGGCUUGUUUGUUCCCCCCGCCUUUAAGACUAUUACUUGGAAGACCUUUAUCGUAUUCGGAGUCCUCUGUAUGGGCGCGGCUGUCCAGGCCUUUUUCACUUACCCGGAAACGGCCGGCAAAACUCUGGAGGAAAUCGAACAAUUGUUUUCCCACGAAGGUCCCUUGCCGUGGAAGACUAAGAAGGGUGAAUCCACCUUGGACGCUAAAGUGCAGGAGAUUGCGGAUCAGUCCGCAGAAAAGCGAAUGAUGGGUAUGAGGGAGGAGAUGGGGGCUGGUAAAAGUGAACAAGUUGAAAAUAUCACACAAUAG